AUGAUCUUCGUACGAUCGAUAAUUCCGUUGCUGUUAGCUGGUACAUUGCUCGCCCCUCUCUCACGCGGGUUGGAGUGCUAUAGUUGCAGCACCGACAACGACGAUCUGGACUGUGAUAAUGUCGCGACCCUGGAAAGUGUUUCCUGUACACCAUUCAGCGCCACAAACCAUCCAGUGCAACCAGUCUGUGGCUACAAACGCUUGGUUCCAAGCUCCGCCGAAACACCGGAACGUAUAUGGCGCGGAUGUGCCGUUAGUGGAGAGUGUGCACUACUGUCGCGCCAGGGCAAUGAAGCCUUUAAUUCCGUCUUCCGAAUGUCAGCAUGCGAAGAAUGCGAAGAGCAGAAUUGUAACGGACCCAAGAACGGUGGAACGAUCGUACGCCAUGAUCAUCUUGCCUGGUGGACUGUUUCCCUACUUGCAGUACUAUCGAAAAUGGGAUUACUUGCAAACAAAUAA